GGUCUGCUUAACGUGGUGGCUCGCCAAUGCAUUAGCAGUUUGGUCUGGUCUGCUUAGUUCAUUGACUGUAUAUGAACCAGAACAUUUAGGGAGUGGGAUGUCUUGCUUUCUAUUCCGUCUCUGUUUCCGGUGACAACAAUCAGAAAUAAGGUAGCUAGAAUGUAAUGUGAAGGUGUUGACCUAACCAGAGACACUCUUGUUAACAAGAUGAAGAACAAAUCUGUGAAAAAGCAACACAAAAUCAAGAGGUCUAAACACCAUCGAGACCCCAUCAAAACAGAGUGUGAAACACAGUCAGAUGAUGUUAACUGCAAAAGAGAAGAACCAGACAUUAGCCAAGCUCCCUCUCCCAACACUAAAGAGGUUACUUCCAACUCCAUCCAAAUUAAAGAGGAACCAGCAGACUUUGAAGUACAGAGUCAUUGCUUGGAUUCUAGAGCACUCCACAAGGAUUCUGGAACCGUCAUAACCAAGACUGAAACAGAUUCCGUUUACAUUAGCCAAGGAACAGUAGAGAUAAAAGCGGAGUAUGAUUCUGAUUCUGAAAUACACAAGGUGGUGGUUAAGAGAGAAACUCAAGUGUGUUUCAUGAAGGAGGAGAAUGUGGGUGAAGAARACACAGAUGAGGACCCCGAAGACGGGAGGGAUACUGACAGCAACAAAGUCUCUUCUCCUCAGUUCUUUCCUUGCUCAUACUGCACCAUCUCCUUCACCAACCAUUCCUUCCUGGAGAAGCACAUCAAGUGGAACCACCAGAAGGAGUAUCUGGCCAUGUUGAGAAACAGUUUUUCAAAGAGCAGUGGAACAGAGACGGUCCCAACACACAGCUGCCUCCACUGUAGCCUCAUGUUCCAAACCCCACGGCUGCUUAGCAUCCACACCCGCCAGAUCCACCCUUCAGCCACUCCCCGGAAACCUGCUCGUCCCCACAGGGUUUCGGUGAAACUCUACACCUGCCCACAGUGUGCCCGCAGAUUCAGAUACCUGGGCAGUCUGCAAAACCACUGUGAGCUUUCACACAAAAUGGCUGUUGUCAGCACCAAUGGACACCUCAGUUGUGCCGAUUGUGGGAAGAGCUUCAAGAAUUGUUGGGGACUGGGACCUCACCWGUGUCACRAACCAGAGGGCACWGAACCUCAGGACAUUAAGCCUGUGGUCUGUCUKGAWGUCGGCUUCCAUUGCUCAGAGUGUGGCAAGAUCCUCUGUAGUCCUCAGAGCCUGAACAUUCACAUGCGAAUUCACACCGGAGAGAAGCCUUAUGCCUGCAAGGAGUGUGGCAAAAGAUUUGCUGAGAGCGGCAGUUUACGCAAACACCUGCUGAUACACUCUGGAGUCAAGGCAUUCAAAUGCCAGGAAUGCGGGAAGGAUUUUGCCCGUAUGAAGGGUCUCAGGAGUCAYAUGACCACUCAUUCUGGCAAAAAGCAGUACUCCUGCUCCCACUGUGACCGGCAGUUUGGAUACAAGUCUAGUCUGACCAUUCACCUACGCUCUCACACRGGGGAGAAACCCUUUCACUGCACAGAGUGUGGUAAAGACUUCUCUAUCAAGAGAAACCUGAGGCUUCACCUAAAGAUCCACAACAAUGAGAAAGGCCACCAGUGUGGGGAGUGCGGCCUGAAGGUGAUAGACAUUGGGGCGUUGAAGACACACAUGCGCUCACACACCGGYGAGAGGCCUUACCACUGCACAGUGUGCAGCAAGCAGUUCAUUCGACUGGAACACCUGAAGAACCACCAACGCACUCACACAGGUGAGAGACCAUACGUCUGUUCUGAGUGCAGCAAGAGCUUUGCUCAAUCUGGAGAUCUCACAAAACACAUACGCACCCACACUGGAGAGAAGCCGUAUGAAUGUUCUGUCUGCCACGGCUGCUAUACCUCUUCAGGGGAUCUGGGAAAACACAUGAGGAUCCACAAUGGCUCACGGCCCUUUCCCUGCCAGGAGUGUGACAAGAGCUUCCGCUUGGUCGGCCACCUUAAAACUCACAUGAGGACCCACACUGGUGAGAGACCGUACUCCUGCCCCCGCUGCCUCCGGACAUUCGCUCGCACCCACCACCUCUCUGUUCACCUGGCUCAGUGUCGCUGAUUGAUGAUAAUGAUUUGCCUGGUUGUGUUGCGCCUUUCUCAAAUUCAUUGCUUUAUGGGGGUAACUCACCCUUUCCACUACUCCCAAUUUGUAGCCCUUACCUGGGGGGGCAGCCAUAUUUCACUAGAACACUGAGGUGGGUGGAGGUGGGGCAUUUGGCUGACUAUUACAGCGGACAAACAAGAUGAUGUAGGAAGCGUCAAUUCGAAGGUGUAAGAGCUCCAGACAUUGACACUCCACUAGAUACUAGAGGUCGACCGAUUAUGAUUUUUCAACGCCGAUACCGAUUAUUGGAGGACAAAAAAAGCCGAUACAGAU